CCACCGAAGAAGAGAAAUACGAUGCCACGAAGUAUUCAAAGCCUAGCUAUCUUCCCAUAGCCGGGAAUUACAAUGACGGGAUGAACAUCUUAUUCUAUGUGCGAAUGGAGGAAGAAAACCAGAUUGGGUUGUACGAAUUAUAUUUCCACAACUGUGAAAACUUGGGACCUCAGGAAGCGAAUGUAAAGUCAGCAAGAGCAGCAUUUACGGCUCACAUUAUUGAGAGGAACAUGGAUAGUUAUCUCUCAGCUGGGGACAUGGCGUUGCCAAUGAUGUACGGCAUUAUAUCGGCAAUGUUCUUUCUCAUCGGCUGUAUUUGGUUGAGAUUGAUCUGUACUACACAAGAAAAAGUCUUCAAGAUCCAUUACCUGAUGGCUGCUAUUAUAUUUGUGAAAGGGCUUUCUGUGAUGUUUCAUUCUCUGGACUAUUAUUUCAUUGCAAAAGAUGGGAGAACUGAAGCCUGGGCCGUCAUUUAUUACAUCGUCCAUUUAUUGAAAGGCAUUCUCCUGAUCAUCUGUCUCUUGCUAAUCGGCACAGGAUGGGCGUUCAUUAAAUACCUUCUAAGCGAUCGAGACAAGAAAUUGUUUAUGAUUGUCAUACCCAUGCAGGUCAUGGUAAACGUAGCCUAUAUUAUUAUGGAAGAAACAGAGGAGGGAAACAAGUCCUAUUACACCUGGAAAAAUAUUGUUAUAUUGGUUGAUAUCCUGUGCUGUGGAGCCAUACUGGUGCCUGUUGUAUGGUCGAUUCGCCACCUUCAAGAAGCCUCACAAACAGAUGGGAAAGCUGCAAUGAAUCUCGCAAAACUAGAACUUUUCAGGCAUUUUUAUAUUUUGGUUGUCUGUUAUCUCUAUUUCACAAGAAUAAUUGUCUAUCUACUGGAAAUCACACUGCCAUUCCAACUCAUAUGGGUUCAUGCUCUAUUCUCUGAAGCCGGAGCUUUCAUAUUCUUCGCGAUCACCGGGUACAAAUUUCGCCCUGGGUGUGAUAACCCGUACUUGAAGCUGGACCAGUAUGACAGUGAUGAAGACCCAGAGGAAGCAAUAACACAGUCUGGAGCUACAGAGAACAUAACCAGAGUAAAUCAAAGGGACAAAGAUGUUGAUGAAACUGAUGAAUUUGAUAUUCUGCUGCCUAAACAAAGGACAACUAAAGUUUGACCUGAUGUAACCUUUUGUAGAGGGUACUUCAGGACAAUGACAUGGAAUAACUUUAGAGUUUACACAAGUUCAAACAGUGUUUCAAAUUCCAUAUUGUUCUAUUUUUUCAAUGUUAGUCAAACGUGCGCUUGUCCUGGAAUACUUUGACCAAUAGGGAACUUGCUUUAGAAAUAGGUUACCCUAAGUCAGGGGUCGGCAACCUAUGGCCAUCCGGCCCGCAACGCUUCACUGAAUUUUAGUAACAAAACAGCCGUUUUGGCGAUUAUAUUCUUUAGACUGUAUCAUAACCUAACAAGUACAUAAUUCACAUUUACUCGUUAAUGAGCAUAUAAUUAGAUUAUUACUAGACAAAUGGCAAGAAAAUGCAGAAAAGUUGAUGCUAAGUGCAAAGCGUUCAAUGGCGCUGAAAAUAUUCAAAUGGCAUUUUAUGAGAUGCAAUAAGGAAACAAGAGAGCUAUGCUCAAAUAUAUGGACACGUAGCG